AUGUCUGGCAAUACCAAAGAUUCCGUUCUAUCAGAAAAUGUGCAUAUCGAGCAAGUAGUAAACGAACAAGAAGAAGCUCUACCAUCCGUUGUAGAACCAUAUUCUAUAUUCACAAAGCGGAAAAAGGCUGUGAUUGUAGGGAUUGCAUCGUGCUCUGCUCUCUUCAGCCCACUUUCUUCCAAUGUCUACUAUCCAGCCAUUCAAGUGAUUCAAAAGGAAAUGCACACCACCAUCAACAUGAUCAACCUCACCAUCACAAUGUAUAUGGUAUUUCAGGGCAUAUCUCCUUCAUUUUGGGGAAGCAUUGCUGAUCUAUGGGGAAGACGACCUGUAUUUAUUGCCACCUUCUUUGUCUACAUUGUUGCCUGUAUUGGGCUGGCUUGUAGCAGGAAUUACGCCACAUUGCUGAUACUGAGGAUGCUGCAAUCAUUCGGCUCUAGUUCUGCCAUUGCAGUAGGUGCUGGCACAAUUGGCGACAUUUCAACGCCUUCAGAAAGAGGUGGCUACAUGGGUACUUUGUCCAUGGGGAUGAUGCUUGGUCCAUUACUAGGGCCAUUUCUAGGGGGUGUAUUGACAUCUCAGCUUGGAUGGAGAUGGAUCUUCUGGAUGUUGGUCGUUAUGGCCUCCACUGUAUGGAUUGCACAAAUCUUCUUUUUACCAGAGACUCUGAGAUCGCUUGUUGGCAAUGGAUCAUUGUAUGCCAACCCUACGCCGACUCAAUUCAUCCACCAUCUCAAGAAAGGCAAAAAGCAACAUGUGGUAAUUCGCCAUCAGCCAAAAAAAUCAAUGCUCGCUGUGCUCAGACAAAUGGGCAAAUCAUUGAUCUAUAUUAAAGAAAAAGAUGUGCUAUGUGUACUUGUUUGCAACUCUGCUGAUUUUGCUGGUCUUCAUUGUGUGCUGUCCAGCAUUGGCCCUCUUUUUGCUUCCGUAUACGGAUUGGAUGAACUGACAAUAGGGCUAACCUUUUUAUCGCCUGGAUUUGGUGCCUUUUUGGGUUCUUAUGCUUCAGGCAGAGUGAUGGACUGGAAGUUCAAAAAGCUAGCAAUGGCCAUGGGCAUGACACAGCUGAAAAGAAGUGAUUUGGAUCCAGAGUUUCCUAUUGAAAAGGCGAGAUUGAGUCUUGCGUGGUAUUUUGGCAUUGCAUUUAAUGUGUUGUUAAUUGCUUAUGGAUGGUGUUUGUAUUACAAGGUGCACAUGGCUAUACCCAUUAUCAUCAGUUUUGCGCUGGCAUUUGCUACUUCCUUGUUGUUCAACGUAACCAGUACAAUUUUGGUGGAUCUAUUUCCAAAGAGCUCAGCAUCUGUUGUAGCAUUGAAUAACAUUACAAGGUAA